GGACUUAAAAAUGGGUAUUGGAUCGAUACAAUUGAUUACUUUGGAUAUAAUUAUGGAGAACCUUUAAUAACAUUAAACGGUCAAUAUUAUUAUGGCACAAAAGUUGGUAUAUGGAAUACAUGGUAUAAAUAAGAUGAGUAAAAUGAAAAAAUGUAAAUUAUUUAUAUAUUUAAACUAUCAGAAGUGAAGGAUGUUAUGAUAAAGGGAUGAAAAUUGGCUAAUGGAUUGAAAUUUGUGAUGAAUUUCGAAAAUGCUAAUAAAUAACUUUAAACGGUGAAUACAACAAUGGAAAAAAAGUUGGCGUAUGGAUGGAAAUGUAGAGAGAUAAAGAUAAAACAGAGGAAGGAUUUAAAACAGUUAAAGAAAUCUAAUAUGAUAAAUGA